AUGUUUUCCCAAAGCACUUUAUCUGGUGCCUUGAUGAAUGCUGCACUUGCAAUCUCUUUCUUGAGCCCUCAUACAUCUGCCAAAAACACCAUUUCCCAUGACCCCCCGGACCCUUCCAAGGACCAGAUUCCAGCAUUCCCGCCCCUGCUGGAUGACAUCAAUGAUGUCUCAGUCAAGUAUUCGCGGCCGACCCAGCUAUAUGGGUGGAAAGGCUGCGGGGAUGAUGAGAAAAAAGCGAUUGCUGAGGCAUAUCGUGAUUUUCAGCUGUUAGCGAGCCAGCCUGAUGUAUUCGAGAGCAUCGAUUGGAACCACCAAGCUGCCAAGGACUUUUGGGGUCCUGUGAAAGGUGAUGGCAGGGUGACUGAUGAGAAAAGAAAGGAAAUCCAGGAAAUUUUCCGGUCCACAGAGCGGAUAUAUAGAAACUGGUGGUCAAUGAAACCACUGUCGUUACCGGAGCCCAGGGCACUCUGGAUUGAGGUCCGCUGUAGCGGCAAGGACGGCAACAAUGACCCAGAAGAUAUCUGCGGCGACAAGAAUCCCAAAUCAGAGUGCGCUAAACGACCGGACGGGUCCAAAGGCGGCAAUCCACUUCACGGUGAAGACAGACGCCUAUUUGCCUGGAGCGAUCUGAGAGGGGCGUACAGCCAGAUUAUGUUCUGCAACAAAUUCUUCCACAACUUGCCAUCUAUGAACAAGGCAAUUGCGGACGGGAAAAAGAAGUCAAAGGAGGUUCAGAGUAAUCUCGAGACUUGGGACAAUAGAGCCCGAGUUUUCUUCCACGAAGCUGCUCAUAUCUCCGCCUUCAUGAACCCACAAAGCGAAGCCCCAACCGUGGAAGACGUCCAGAUCGAAUUCAAAGAGGACGGCAAAAAAGUCAUGAAUUAUGCUCACGGUCCCUAUUACGCCAAACUCCUAAGGAAUUGGGUCCAUAAGGAUAAAGGCGGGCUAUACACUCAGCGAAAUGCCGAUUCAUACGCCUUCUUUGCUCUUGCGAAGUGGAUAGAGAAACAUAUACAGCGCUAUCCCGAUUUACCUACCCCCGGCUCAAAGAAACCAGAAUCAGAGCCCCUCAUCUCCGGUAAACGAAACGGUGACCACAAGAAGGCUAGACACAUUCGCAUCGACAGACGCGAAGGGGAAGACGGUUUGUUAGGUAAAAAGGAGCUUGAGUAUAAGGACCAAAAGAUAAAGGGAUUCUCCACCCCCGGGUGUCCAGACGUCUAUCGAAAAAUCACCAAAAACGGUGAUGAUAAGGACCCGAAACUCACUUGUGACAACAAAUCCCCGAGUGGGAUUCCUCGAGUUUACUUCACCAAUCCCACGCCUAAGAGCACCACCAGCAAGUUCUGUGCGGUCGCAGACAAGGACAAAGCCAAGGGUAUAACAUGGAAAAUUGCUACCGGGAUAGAACGGAAAAAAGAGAAACGCGCCUCUUUGCUAUCCCUUUGGCUGUUCCAAUCUGACUUGAAGCCGAAGUCAUGGGAACUAGAAUUAAAAUGGGAGCCGAAGGGCAAGUUGGAAAACUGCAAUGUCAAUUGCAAAGAAGCAAUGGAGACGAUGUUCCUAGAGGAUUGCGAUGGUGAGUCAACAUAUUCAAGAUCCUUAGACUUUGCAUCUAGUUCUGACAUGUUUGAUCAAGCUGGGAAACCUGGAUUGGCAGUAUCUGCCCACGUCGACACAGGUUGUGGAACAUACAGAUAUAAAUUCAACAACUACUAG